UUUGGGCGAGGAUGAAGAUUACAAUGGGAUAUUUCAGGCAACCUCUAGGUAUUUCAGAGACGCGCAGGAAAACUCGAGGCUAUUUCCGUCAUUCCCACCAUAAUUUUGCCACCCGCUUUUCCCAUUGUUUAUCUCCCUUUUAUUUUUAUUUUUCCAAAUUUUAUGGCGCAAAUUUCCUGUAUAUCGCUCUCGCCUUCUUCUCAUUGAUGUAAAAGAGGAGAGAGAAGCAUAGGACUGAAGUGCACUUCCGUGCACCAGUUCUCCCUGCUCUCUUCCAUGGCAGAUUCGCCGGAAUACUCUCUAUAACUCACAUUUUGCCGGCGACUUUCUCACUCAUCCCUUCCUCUAUAGAGAACGUACACCGUCUAUUUUUUUCGCUUUGAAGGGAGAAAAUUUGGCUCGAAAAAGGCUGGAUAGCUCAAAGAGGGCCGGAAUCUUGCUCCCCCUCCUCCUUACCUCUUGUUUCCCGGCGAUUAGUAAAAGAAAACGGCGGCCAGAAAUGCUCUGGCUCGCUCGGUUUUCUGGCUUUGCUUCGGCGGCCAUGAUAAUGGUGAUCCUCGCUCCUUCUCUCCAGUCUUUUCCUUUUCCUCCUGCUGAAGCUAUACGCUCAUCUCAUUUCGAUCCACAAAGGCGGUUUCUUGAAACAGCUCUUCUGGAUAGCAGUUUUCACCUAGGUGGUUUUCCGUUGGGUUUCACCUUCAAGAGGGCGCCGGAAUUCAAGAACGCCGCCCCUAGAAAAUGUAGUUCCGGCCGAUUUUCGGCUACGCUGGUAUGCGACCCCUCUCUGGUUCACGUUGCCAUCACUCUGGAUUUUGAGUAUCUUAGGGGAUCAAUGGCCGCGAUCCACUCGGUUUUACGCCAUGCUUCUUGUCCUGAAGAUGUGUUCUUCCAUUUCUUGGUAUCAGAUUUGGCGCCUGAGUUAGAAACCCUAGUGAGAUCCACUUUCCCUCUCUUAAAAUUCAAGGUCUAUUUCUUUGAUCCUAAUCGAGUCAAGAAGCUGAUCUCGAGUUCAGUGCGCUCGGCUCUAGAGCAACCAUUAAACUACGCAAGAAAUUACAUGGCCGAGAUGCUAGAGCCAUGUGUUAGCCGAGUCAUAUAUCUUGACUCGGACCUGGUUCUUGUCGAUGACAUUUCCAAGCUUUGGGCCACUGAUCUAGGGUAUAGCACAGUUGGAGCGCCUGAAUAUUGCCAUGCCAAUUUUUCCAAAUAUUUCACAGCCGGAUUUUGGACGGAAAAACGGUUUUCCAGGGUGUUCCGUGGCCGGAAACCCUGUUACUUCAACACAGGGGUUAUGGUCGUGGAUUUGCAGAAAUGGAGAAGGUUUGAUUACACGAAGAAGAUUGAAGAUUGGAUGGAGAUUCAGAGGAGAUUUAGGAUCUACGAGCUCGGGUCUCUGCCGCCAUUUUUAUUGGUUUUUGCUGGGAAAGUUAAGGCCAUAGAGCAUAGAUGGAAUCAACAUGGUCUUGGCGGUGACAAUGUCAAUGGAAGUUGCAGAGAUUUACAUGUUGGACCUGUGAGCUUGCUCCAUUGGAGCGGGAGCGGGAAGCCAUGGUUAAGACUUGACUCGGCUCAGCCAUGUCCGCUCGACUCGUUAUGGGCGCCUUAUGACUUGUAUUACUCGGCCGCCUCAGCUUGAGCCCACUUGGGCUCAGUGCUACGAGCCCACUUCGGCCUUGACGGCUGUUUGCCGCGAGCCUAGUCGAGCCUAAUUGGGCCUUUUGCGCCAGCUCACCGGCACCCCCAAUUCUUUGCUUCUCUCAACCGGUAGGCCAUCAAUAUUCUUUUUUUUUUCCCUCUUACUUUGGGGUAUUUUGGGGGUUUUCUCUCGUCUCUCUUUUUAGACUUCGAUUCUCUCUUAUUUUCUUUUUAAUUCGCUUUCUCGAUUUUCGUCUUUAUUCCCUACUUUUUGUUACUCCGGAGCGAUUUGUGUUGUAUUUUUAUUGUUCUUACCUCCAGGAAAUAAAUCGACAUUCAAUUUGUUUUGUGAA